AUGAUGGAAAAAAUAACAGGUACAAGAUCAAAACAAAGAUUUUUUCUAUAUUUUGGUAUAGUAAUAUGGUUAUUAAUAAUAAAUAUUUGGUUAUUUUAUACAUAUCAUUCAAGAAAUAAAUCUAAUUUUAAUAAUUUAACAAAUUCAUUAGAACAAUCAUCAAUAUAUAAUCAAUAUGAUGAAUCAAAUUUACUAGAAGAACAACAAAAAUUAAAACCAGAAGAAUUAGAAGAAGAAGAAUCAAGAUCUAAAACAUUUAAAGAAGAUUUAACUAUCAAAUUAUUACAAAAACAACAACUGAAAUUAAAAGAUGUUAGAGGCAUUGACGCACAUGCUUCAGUAUAUAAUAAAAUUUUCAAAAAUCAUAAUAUAGAUUCAGUAUUUGCAAAUUUAAAUUUUCAACAACGUUGUGAUUUAUUUUUCCAAAAUUUAUUUAUUGAGGAUAAAAAUUGGAUUUUUAAAAUUAAUGAAAAAUUACAUUUAGAAAAUAAAGCAGAAUUUAGUUUUAAUGAUUAUAGAAAUCAUUAUUUAGAUGAAUAUAAAAAGCAAUGGGCAGAACAAAAUCAUAAAAAUAAAGAUGAAGCUGAUAAUAAUCCAGAUUUUGAAGCUUUUGUUAAAACAAAAUAUGAUGAAUUUUGGACAAGAACUAUGGAAUAUGAACAAAAAAUAGUUGAUCAUUUAUCAAUUUUAAGAGUAUUUAAUAAAUGUUAUUUAACAAGUGAUAAUUCAACUCAAAUUAAACAAACUAAUGAAUUUAUACAACAUCAACAUAAAUUUAUAAAUGGAAUAUAUUUAGCAAGUAGAAGAGGGGAAGGUAUUCCAGAUUUCAAAUAUACAAAAGAAGAAAAUUUAAUAAAUUUCAAAUCAAUAAAACAUACAGCAUUUGAACAUAGAGUAUAUCCAUGGUUAUCAUUUGAAAAUCCAAUUUUUGAAAGAUUUACUGGAACUGUAUUAUAUAAACCACCACAAAUGUCCAAAUAUAUAACUGAUGGUUCACAAGCAACAAAUAAAGAUUUAAAAGAAUCUAAUCAAUUAGAUUUUUUUUUAAAUAGAUUUAAAAAUCUGUGUAAUGGUAAAGGUAUAGUUUUAUCAAUUGGUGAUUCUCAUGUUGAAGAUACUGUGAAAUUAAUACAUUUAUUAAGAACAUUAAAUAAUAAAUUACCUAUACAAAUUGUUUAUUAUGAUGAUUUAUCAGUUGAAACUAAAAAAUUAAUUGUAACAGCAGCAAGAGAAGAAGUAAGAGCAUUACCAAAAUCUUUUCAAAAAGUUAAACAUCAUUUCCCAGAAGAUUAUUUAACAAGUGAAAAAGGUUUACCAGCACAAGAAAUUUGGUUUGUUAAUACAUAUAAUGUUAUACAUGAUGAUUUUAAAGAUAAAUUUAAAGGUUAUGCAAAUAAAUUUUUAGCAACUUUUUUUAAUUCAUUUGAAGAAUUUAUGUUAAUUGAUGCUGAUACAGUAAUGAUGCAAACUCCUGAAUAUUUUUUUAAUUUAGAAGGUUAUAUUAAAACAGGUACAUUUUUUUAUAAAGAUAGAACAACUUUUGAAUCAAGACCAAAAUCAGAUGCUAUGUUUUUCAAAAAAUUAGGUCCAUCAAUUGUUGAUUCAGUUAUGUUUGAUAUUCCAAUUAUGACAAAUUAUACAUGUGGUAAUGAAUUUAUGAAUGGAAUGUAUCAUUAUCAAGAAUCAGGAUUAGUUAUGAUUAAUAGAAAUAUUCAUUUUAAUUCUUUAUUAAUGAUGUUACAAUUAAAUUUUUAUGAACCAAUAAAUGGUAGAAUUCAUGGUGAUAAAGAAAUAUUUUGGUUAGCAAUGGCUAUUAAUGGUGAUGAAAAUUAUAUUUUUAAUAAAAAUUUUGCAGCAGCUAUUGGUAAAAAAACACCAACAACAGAAAGAUCAAGACCAGAUGGUUCAACUCAUAAAUCAACUGAAUUAUGUUCACCACAUCCAGGUCAUAUAUCAGAUCAAGAUAAUGCAUUGGUAUGGAUAAAUUCUGGAUUUUAUUAUUGUUCAAAAGCUCCCAAAAUAGAUUGGGAAAAAGAAGUUAAACAUCAAUCAAGAUUAAAAUUUUUAAAAGAUAUUGAAUCUUUCAAAACUUUUUAUUAUAGUCCAUUAAGAAUAAAUUCAGCAAUAAUACCACCAAUAGAUUUAAAUUUAUGGGCAAUAAAUAAAGAUGAUGAACCAAGUAGAGGUUGGUUUAUGGAUUCAAGAUAUUGUAAUGGUUAUAUGUGGUGUGCUUAUUCAGGAGUUGGAGGUACAACUGAUGAUGGUGAAUCAAAUUAUAAAGCAGGUAAAUUAUAUGAUUUUAGUGAAAAAGAACAAGAUUUAUUUAAUUUUUAUGGUGAUGUUUGGGUAGGAUUAGAAUAA